AUGUCUUCAGUCAUUUAUUACAAGUUCCUACAUCAGAAGAACAAGAGUGUAAUACACUUUGAUGGUACUGCAAUUAGCGUGUUUGAUUUAAAACGAGAUAUCAUUAGUCAAAACCAUUUAGGUACUGGUCAGGAUUUCAAUUUAAGAUUAUACCAUUCAGAGCAACCAGAUUUGGAAUAUGAGUUGGAUAACGAUGUUAUACCACGUUCAAGCUAUGUUUUAGCUAAGCGAUCACCAGCAACAUCCAAGAUGGGCAAGUUCAAUAAUGCAUCAAGAUAUGUUAGUGGGAAACCACGAUUGAAUCGAAAAGUCAUCAACACCACUAAUGCCAAUGCAUCGUCCAUUGCCAAUCACACUAUGCCAUCGACAUUACCCCAACUAGGCGAGGAUGCGUCUGAAGAGGACAAGAUCAAAUUGAUGUUUGAAAAUCAAUCAAAUGUAUGGGCGCAAACCCAAGAUGAAUUGGCACAGCACAAGAUGGUUUACUACAAACCAACAGCGACAACGUCUGCUACCAAUAAGGAAGAUAUGCCACCACCCGGAUACAUCUGUUACCGAUGUGGUAAGAAGGAUCAUUGGAUAAAGAACUGUCCUACUAAUAAUGAUCCUAAUUUCGAAGGAAAAAAAAUCAUGAGAACUACAGGUAUACCGAAGUCAUAUUUGAAAACGAUAUCAAAAGAAGAGGUUGAAAAGAAUUCUGGGUCAUUCACUACCAAUGAAAAUGGUGAUGUUAUUGAUAAUGAUGGGAAUGCUAUAUUAAUUACUGAUGAAGGUGAGUAUGCCAUUGCUAUGGCUGAUUCUAAAACUUGGAUGAAUUAUCAAACAAAGUUGCAAAAUGCAGCCAUGAAGUCAAAACAGGAGUAUGAGUCUCGAUUACUCGGUCUUGUUGAAAAGUAUAACAAGCCACAAUUUCUUGAUGCAUUGUCAACAAACAAGAAAGUACUCAAAGCGCCAAUAUAUACUACUCCGUGUUGUCCUGAUUUAACCAAAGCGCAAAAAUUGUCCAAUGUAUAUCAUAAUCAAGAUGAGAUUGAAAAUGUCUUGAUUGAAAACGAUUUUCAUUGUCCCAAUUGUGGUAAAGAUGAUGUAUACAUUGAUUCGUUGAUUCAUGCAGAAACAUUGGAGAAGGAAUUGCAAGAGUUUGUUGAAUCAAAAGAAGGUGAAAUUGGUAUGACGGAUCCAAGUAAACGAUCGUUGGAAGAGGUGGCUGAUGAAAAUGGAAUAAAGAAACAAAAAGUAUUAUAG